CCCCGGAGCCCCAAUAAAUAAUGGUAAACUCACCACUUCGCUGCAUAAUUCACCCCCUUUGUUUCAUAAAUCCUCCUCGCACAUCACUCCCCAGUUAUCGAGUCAAUUUCCCCGAUCGAACGCCUCGACAAUUGAUUCGCGACUGGCACUUUUGGACGCGCACUCACAACAAAACACAAAACACAAUGAGCAGAGAGGAAUUCAGGUUGUGGGGAUAAUCCAAAUAGCCGUGACAGUUCCAGUGACAACUGUCGGCUGGACGCUAGCCUGAAUUUUCAAAUUCACUGGACACACCGGGGAUUACGGGGAAAGGGCCGAGAGCAGGCGUUCUGCUUGGCUUUUCGUGUCCUUUGGCUCCGCCAGGCGAUCCUUCUGGGAACUGUCGGCGCCUUCUCGGAACAUUCUGAUGGUAACGAGACUCGGGGAGUUUAUCCCCGGUUCUGUCCGUCUGCAGUUAAUUUUUUUUUGUGAAUUUAAUGCCCGGAAUUCGGGGAAAACAAACGCACGUGGGGAAGGGCCAGUGAUACUAGAGUGACACGAGGGCUUUUUGGGGAUUCGAUGGCUACGAGACUUCCGAAGAUGAUUACUGUCGCUCCGAGCGGAAAGCACAGUGCCACGUUGUUUUUCUUCCAUGGAUCAGGCAGCUCUGGAGCAGAUGUCAAAGAAUGGCUGGAUAUUCUCAACCGAAAGGAAUUAAAGUUUCCAAACGUCAAAGUUGUGUAUCCAACUGCUCCGUCUCAGCCCUACACCCCUCUAGAUGGAAUGCCAAGCAACGUCUGGUUCGAUCGAAAGAGGAUAUCGAUAAGAGUCCCAGAGAUUAAGGAAUCCAUUGACAAAAUGUGCAAGGAGACUUCUAAACUAAUUGAGGAAGAAGUGGAAAGUGGAAUUCCAGAGAACAGAAUUGUCGUUGGGGGCUUCUCCAUGGGAGGAGCACUCGCCAUGCACUUUGCAUACAGAUUCAAGAGGUCUCUAGCUGGUUGUGUGGCAAUGUCAUCGUUCCUCAACGAUAACUCGGUGGUUUACGAGGAGUUGAAGGACGAGGACAACACGGGAACCCCACCUCUGCUGCAAUUUCAUGGACUAGCUGACGCGAUGGUGCCUUUCCAGUGGGGCGAGAAGACCCACAAGAUUCUGAAGGAACUGGGGGUCGCGGGGGAGUUCGUGCAGCUGCCAGGAGUGGAGCAUGAGAUUGUUAAAACUGAAGUUGUCAGGUUGACGGAGUGGCUGGCAAAAGUCCUCCCUGAAACCCCUUGAAAAUGUGGCAUAUGUCACUAAAAAUAAAAUUUUUAACGUUGUCGAAUAAUAA